CCCUGACUCUGAGCUCAAAGGAAGCAGUCAGAGCUGGAGAGAACAGUCACUAGAGAAGAUCGUGGAGCUAGUUGUGGAGCUUUACCUCUAAACUUUUCGGAGACCUCACGAUGGCUACAGAAGAUCCAGUCAACAAGGCCAAUUUGGGCCGUAUCAAUAGCAACCGCUCCAUGAUGAGUUUCUCUUCGGUGGGCUCAGAUAUCCUGUCCUCAGCCACCACGGCGAACUGUGAGAUAGCUCUGCUACCCCUGAAACUGCUCAUAGAGCUGCAGCCUACCUACCUGACCCUGGAGGAUGGCGUGUUGACCUCUAAUAACCAGUCUGGGGGCUUCAACCUGUUUAGUGACGACACCACCCUCAUUGAUGGCUGUCAGUGCCGGAUCGUCAAUUAUAUCCAGAGGAAAGUCACCCUACGAAGUCAUGUGGAUUAUAAGGAUUACAGAGAAACAAUAUUAGCAAAGCCCAUGCUACUUAUAACAAAUGCAAGAAAAGUCAACAGCGGCGCUACCUCAGCUAAAACAUUUGCCAUUGUUGUAAACACAAGACAUCCACAGAUCAGAAGCAAGGUGGAGGACGGUAUGAAUAGUGUUAUAUCCUCCGUUAUGGGAGAAAACUAUCAAUUACAGUUUACCUUUAGCAAUGCUGUGCGAGAAUACCUUCAGAGACAAAGUUUUGAAUUGACCGAAGACAACCUGAGUUUUUCCUUCACUUUCAAGCUCGAUGUCCUUGUGGAUUUCUUCUACCUGUUUGGUCUGAGCAAGAAAAAUUGUGAUUUGCACGGGAAGAUCCUGAACUUGUACUGUACAAACAAUAGCAGGAAAGAAAGAGUUAAAAUGUUCCUCUCAAAGAUGACCUCACCGUUGAUGCGACUGGGCAGCAGCUUGGACCACGAUCGGAGACCGAGUGUGUUCUCUCUGGAUAUGAUCACGGAAGAUCCUUUUCCACAAGAAGAUGGCAUCAGUGAUAGUGCACCAGUUCUGCCACUAAACUCUUGAAGAUUAGACAGAGGAAAGCAAAUACAGGAUAAAUAUAAACGUGAAUGCACAAAUAGAGGACAUUACAGUUAAUAUUGUGCUUUGGAAUUAUCAUCAUUGGACAGGAAACAAUAAAUUGCUAUGGAUUUUCUCUAGUGAAGAGGAAUCUAAAUAUGUUUAAGACAAACGAGUCUUUAUAUGUGUGAAACCAUUUGUAAAAACCAUGGGCAGAUUAUUUUACCUAAUGGGAUUUAGGACUAUGAUCAGUUAUUGAAGCAUUUUAUUCACCCUGAUAUAACUAUACGACCAUAACAUUAUGGUACAUUUUUCCCAGCACUCGGCUAUGUAUAGGCAAACCUGGCAGCAGGUGUUUAAAGUGAAUCUUUCAGAUGUUUUUUGGAGUCAUGGAGGCAGGGUUGAGUUGCUCAAGUGCCACAAACUGGCACGCCUCAUCACUUGCUUUAAGCCCCACCUUAAUUGAUGUUAAGAGCCCUGUAUGUCAGUCAAGGAGGGACUCGGAAGUGAGGGUGAAUUAGUUGAUUUGCCAGGCUGUGGCACUUGAGCAGCUUGGCCCUGCCUUCUUGACAGUUGGCUGACAAAUAUAAAGAUGAUUUUAGCAACCCUCGCCAGGCUAUAAAAACAAAUUGUACCUCUACUGGAGCUAACAGCUAUCCUAUGGUAUCGGCAGCUCCUAAGAUCAAAGAGAGCUGGCAUAUUACCUUUAACUUCCUUGCAGCACCAUUUUAGGGGAAAAGAAGCAUUACAGAAUAAACAUUGUAUAUAAUAGACUGUCAGUGUAAUAUAUAUACACCGAAAAUAGAGGCUAGA